AUGGAUCAGCAACACAUUGACAAGCUCCUCGAACGCUAUCUCGGCCUGCUGGAUGAAUAUACCCAACUACGCCAAUCCUUGUCGCAACUGCAAUCCGGUGUCUAUCAGAACAUCGCUCGUGCAAAUUUCUCUGGAGAGAGAGGCAUGAGGUACGGUCGGGACCACUACGAUGAAAGAAUGCAAGCAAUACGGCUUCUAUCUAUUGGCCAAAAUGAGCACCAAAGUCCCAUUUUCUCACUCUUCAAUGCCCCCGAGGAGGAGGAAGAAGAAGAAGAAGAAGAAGCAAAAGCGGAAGAACGAGAUGAAAGCUCGGCCACUGGCGGACCCAAGCAAGGUCCAAAGCCAGAGACUGGAGAGGAAAAGCCAGCAGAAAAGAAGCUUAAGAACCCUCUGCGCUGGUUUGGCUUAUUUGCUCCCAUGAGCCUCCGUACAGCUCAAACACAAUCUGUAAAGGCAGUAGAGGAUAUCAUUCCUAGGAUCGUGUCUAUCAACGCUGAAAUGCUCGAUGUCGAGAUUGAAGUACGACGAGCUCGAAAACGUCGUGCCAAAGCAGAGAUGGCAGAGAGAAAGUCAGGUCAAGCCACAACGGACACUCAGUUACAAAGUCCAGCACUUGAGGCAUCAUGA